CUGGAGCCGUUCUUUAACUGCGCGGUCACGUGACGGGGCUGGAGCGUCACGUGAUGGAGAAGUGGUGGCCGGUGCCGGGCGGGAUGGAGGCGCCUUCCGAGUCCGAGAGUUCGGGGCCCGGCGGGCCGGGGCCGGCGGUCGGGUCCUUCCAGCCCAGCGAGCACCAGCAUGUCCGCUACAACCCCCUGCGGGAUGACUGGGUGCUGGUGUCCGCCCACCGGAUGAGGCGUCCCUGGCAGGGGCAGGUGGAGAAACCCCCGCAAGAGGAUGUCCCUCGCUGUGACCUGUCCAACCCGCUGUGCCCUGGAGCAGCACGAGCCAACGGGGAGGUGAAUCCGCAGUACACGAGCACAUUUGUCUUCGACAAUGACUUCCCAGCACUGCAGCCGGAUGCCCCGGAACCUGACGCCUGCAACCACCCCUUGUUCCGAGCUGCAUCUGCCCGAGGAGUUUGCAAGGUCAUGUGCUUCCAUCCUUGGUCUGACCUGACACUGCCGCUCAUGUCGCUGGCAGAGAUCCGGGCAGUGAUUGACAAGUGGGCGGAGCUCACGGUGGAGCUGGGUGCUUCUUAUCCCUGGGUACAGAUAUUUGAGAACAAAGGGGCCAUGAUGGGCUGCUCCAACCCUCACCCUCACUGCCAGGUCUGGGCCAGUAACUUCCUCCCCAACGAAGCCCGGCUGGAGGACCGGACGCAGCGGCAGCACCUCCAGGAGCGCGGCGUGCCCUUGCUGCUGGAGUACGCCCGGCUGGAGGCCCAGAGGAAGGAGCGGCUGGUGGUGGAGAACGCGGACUGGCUGGUGGUGGUCCCCUAUUGGGCUGUGUGGCCUUUCCAGACCCUGCUCCUGCCCCGCCGUCACGUCUGCCGCCUCCAGGAGCUCAGCGACGGCGAGAGAGACAGUCUGGCCUCCAUCAUGAAAAGGCUCCUCACCAAGUACGACAACCUCUUUGAGGUUUCCUUCCCCUACUCGAUGGGCUGGCAUGGUACGUGGCGGGGGGGCACGGGACAGCGAGUGCGGGGCGAGUCGGGGCACCGGGUGGCUCAGGGGACUGGCAUGGCCACGUGA